UAUCAUGUGGGAUCUUGCACAGUGUAUAGAUGCACAGUGUUCUUGAUAAGAAUUUUAUAACAAACACAGAAGUGAUUUUCUUCACACUGUUUCUUUUCUUCUUCUCUUUUUAAUCAAAGCGGUGUUUUUAUUUUUCUAGUUUGAGUUGAGAACACACAGGUGGAUGGUUCAAUGAAUUUUCACAAAAUUAGUACUUCUGUUACAGCCACACAGGUCAAGUAAUAGAACAUUAUGAGCACUGUAAACAACCCACUAAUACCUUUCUCAAUCGUGGACCCCUACCUCCUCCCCAAAGGAGGUCCCCUCACCAUGUGGCUGUACCUGGCGGUCCUCGUGGGCCUGUACUACCUCCUGCGCUGGUACCGGGAGAGGCAGGUGGUGAGCCACCUCCAGGACAAGUUCGUCUUCAUCACGGGCUGUGACUCAGGCUUCGGGAACCUGCUGGCCAGGCAGCUGCACCUGCGAGGCUUGAGGGUUCUGGCUGCGUGUCUGACGGAGCAGGGGGCCGAGCAGCUGAGGAACCAGACAUCAGACAGGCUGGAGACAGUGACCCUGGAUGUCACCAAGACUGAGAGCAUCGCUGCGGCCACUGAGUGGGUGAAGGAGCGUGUGGGGGACAGAGGGCUCUGGGGUCUGGUCAACAAUGCAGGCACUUUUCACCCACAUGGCUACACUGAGUGGCUGAAGAUUGAGGCCUAUAUGAAUACCCUCAAAGUGAACCUCAUUGGUUUGAUAGAGGUGACCUUGAGCAUGCUUCCCUUGGUAAGGAGAGCACAGGGGAGGAUUGUCAAUGUCUCCAGCAUUCUGGGAAGAAUUGCUUUCUUUGGAGGAGUCUACUCUUCCACCAAGUAUGGAGUGGAAGCCUUUUCAGAUAUUCUGAGGCGUGAGCUUCAACAUUUUGGGGUGAAAAUCAGCAUAGUUGAACCUGGCUACUUCAGAACAGGAAUGACAGAUAUGCAGAAGUCCUCAGAGGCAGUGAAACAAGUCUGGAAAGAAGUCCCUGUGCAUAUUAAGGAGUCCUAUGGACAGAAGUUUUUUGAUACCUAUCACGAUCUCCUGAAACAAGGGAUGUUGAGUUGUAGCACAAACCUGAACCUGGUUACUGACUGUAUGGAACAUGCCCUGACAUCUGUGCAUCCCCGCACUCGAUACUCAGCUGGCUGGGAUGCUCAGUUUUUCUUCAUCCCUCUAUCUUAUUUACCUACAUCACUGGCAGACUACAUAUUGACUAGAUCUUGGCCCAAACCAGCCCAGGCAGUCUAAAGAAAACUGGUUGGUGGCUCUUGAAAUGAAGAAGACAAAAAUCUGAAAUUGAUUGCUAGUGUCCCAAUAAUCUUUAUGUAUCAUCUAUACUUUUUGUAACAAUAAGCUUUCUUGCCUAAACUCAUUUAUCUGGCACCAGCAGAGAACCAGUAGGUUUUUAUUCCAGAUAUCCAAAGCUUACUCCUUUAGGUGAUGAAUCUUUACUAUUUUAACCAUUUUUUGAUGAUAGUAUUUCCAAAAGGCAUCAAUCUUCCUUGCCCUAUUAAACAGAGUAGACUAGAAACAACUUAGCUUGUUUUGAUGUUAUUUUUUAAUGUAAAAGAGUAGCUGUUCUGUGCUGUGAUAAACUAUUGCUCAGGGACUGUUGAGAAAUGUGGGUCUGUUUAUCCUUAACUUGAAAUGGGUCUAUACUUUGGUACUUUUAAUAAAUGUUUAAUUUUGUUUUCUCCUCCCUA